AUUGCAGCGAGUUUCCCUCACUGCAGUGCAGGGACUCCAAGUCCUCCAAACAGAGCCUUGCCCCGAGCCGUUUCAAGUCCGGCAUGCUCUGCCAAACAGUCACACACCCCAGACACAAACUCUCUCACUCUCUCUCUCUCUCUCUCUCUGUUUGUUCUUGGUAUUGAUCAAUCGAAGAGUCACUGAUCAUCGGGAUUCCCGAUACUCCGGUGCCGUUCAACCCCUUUCCAGACGCCGAACGUUUUCUGCCUUGGACUCCUAAGGCAACUUGGAAGCUCCAAUUCGUUCUUCUACACAACUACUAAAUAGAGGUUCUUCGAGAAAUGAAAUGAACUCAAGUAUCUAAGUGCUUUGGCUACCACUUAUUCCACUUCUAAUUUCCGUACGACACCAACAUGGUGGAGUCAGGUUACAAUAUCGAUGAUCUGGUUCGAGAAGCUCAAAUCCGGUGGUUGAAGCCAGCAGAAGUGCUCUUUAUUUUACACAAUUAUAAGGAAGACCAACUUACCCAUCGGCCCCUUCAAAAACCAGCAAGUGGAUCUUUGUUUCUUUUUAACAAGAGAGUCCUUCGAUUUUUUCGUAAAGAUGGUCACAACUGGCGCAAAAAGAAAGAUGGGAGAACUGUUGGUGAAGCACAUGAAAGGCUCAAGGUUGGAAAUAUUGAAGCUUUAAAUUGUUAUUACGCUCAUGGGGAGCAGAAUUCCAAAUUUCAGAGGCGUAGCUAUUGGAUGUUGGAUCCGGCGUAUGAGCACAUUGUUCUUGUUCAUUAUAGAGAAAUUAGUGAGGAGAGGCAUGGUUCUGGAUCUAUGUCUUCAUGGUGGUUAGCAGGAUCCACUUCUACAUGCAAUCAAAGUCCCAGUGCCCUUGCUGCUCAACAUCCUGCUGCUGCUGCUCUCAUUGGUGAAGUAUAUGAACCAUAUCAGAGCCCAGGGGCUGUAGAAGUUAGUUCUGAUGCAGUCGUCCAGAAUAAUGGGAUGGAUCACUUAGACAGGAUUGCAGGAACGCCAGAGAUUAGUAGUUCAUCUGAGCUUGAAGUAGGUCAAGCAUUGCGAAGGCUUGAGGAGCAAUUAAGUUUGAAUGAUGAUGGCUUUGAAGAAAUUAAGAACGAGAAUUCAAAUGAUUUGGACUUGAUGCUAAAUUAUCAGUGUAGAUAUGUUCCAUUUCCUGAUGAUGAAAUUGAUCUUGUGUUGCAACAAGAAACCGGGGGGAAUGGGGAAUUUAAUCACCAACUGAUGGUAGAAGAGUUUAUUGUUGAACGAAAAGACUCUUUACCUUGGAAGGAGAUACUGGAGUUCCCUCCAAGAGCGGAGUUCCAAGAGAAAGAUAUACAUACCUCAGACAGAAAUGGCUGUGUGCUUCAAGUCCAAGAAAUUCCUAGGACAGAUUUUGGCAGACCGAAUUCUCCAAAGUGUAAUACCAUUGUAAGUUCAGGAAGUGUUAGGAAUCUGCAACCUUCAGUAUCCAGUGAAUAUCCAUCGAACUCUGGGAGUCCUUUUGAAUUGUCAACUUCCAUCUCACAGUCACAAGAUGUUGAAAAUUUCAAGUAUCCAGCAUAUUCUCCUCUUACGAACUUUCUUUAUACCAACCCUGACUACUUCCCAGAACCAUUUGACCAAAGUCAGCUUGGGAUUGAUCUCGGGGCAGAUUCAAGAUUAACCAUUGCACCAAAACAGAAAUUUACAAUUUGCGAAAUAUCUCCAGAAUGGGGCUUUUCCACUUUUGCUACGAAGGUUGUCAUUGUCGGGUCUUUUCUCUGCGAUCCAUCAGAAUUCACAUGGACUUGUAUGUUUGGUGACAUCGAAGUUCCUAUCCAGAUCAUCCAAGAAGGUGUCAUAUGUUGCCAGGCCCCUCCUCGCCCUCCUGGAAAGGUGACUCUUUGCAUCACUUCUGGCAAUAGGGAAUCCUGCAGCGAAAUCAGAGAGUUUGAGUACCACGAUGCUCCAAGUAGUUGGGCUCACUGUAGUUUGUCCCAUUCAGAAACAACUAGGAGUCCAGAAGAAAUGCUCUUACUUGUCAGGUUCGUGCAGACGCUUUUAUCUGACCUUUUGGUACAGGGAGAUAUUAAUGAAUCCGUCAGGGAUAUAGUGGGAAAAUCCGGAGCUGGUGAAGAUCCAUGGGGCCAUGUUAUUGAGGGUCUUUUAGAUGGCAGUUGGACUUCGUCUGGUACAACAGAUUGGCUUCUGGAAGAAAUUUUAAAAGACAAGCUGUUGCAGUGGCUUUCUUUCAGAUUGCGGUGUGGUCAGCAGGGGUGUUUCUUGUCCAAGAAAGAGCAAGGGGUAAUACACAUGGUUGCUGGAUUGGGCUUUGAAUGGGCCUUAAAACCCAUUCUAAAUUCUGGAGUUAUUGUAGAUUUACGUGACGUUAAUGGAUGGACGGCCCUUCAUUGGGCUGCACGUUAUGGAAGGGAAAAAAUGGUUGCUGCACUCAUGGCAUCUGGUGCAUCAGCUGGGGCAUUGACCGAUCCCAAUUCGGAGGAUCCAAAGGGUAAAACACCUGCAUCCCUUGCUGCCGCCAGUGGACACAAGGGACUUGCGGGUUAUCUUUCCGAGGUUGCCCUAACGAGCCAUCUUUCAUCCCUCACAUUGGAAGAAAACGAGCUAUCUAAAGGCUCUGCUGCGGUGGAAUCCGAAAUUGCUCUAAGUAGCAUUUCAAAGAGAAGUCUUGCUUCAAAUGAAGAUCAUCUUUCUCUCAAAGACACUUUCGCUGCAGUCAGGAAUGCAGUUCAGGCUGCUGCUCGUAUACAAGCUGCAUUUCGUACACAUUCUUUCAGGAGAAGGCAAAUGAGAGAAGAUGCUGCUGCUGCUGCUUGUACUUUAGAUGAGCAUAAUAUUCUUUCAAGUGAUAUUUUGGGGAUGUCGGCUGCAUCGAAACCAGCUUUCCACAAUGCACGCGAUACCAAUACAGCUGCUCUUUCCAUUCAGAAGAAAUAUCGAGGUUGGAAAGGUCGGAAGGGUUAUCUGGCAUUUCGCCAUAAAGUUGUGAAGAUACAGGCUCAUGUUAGAGGUUAUCAGGUUAGGAAGCAAUAUAAAAUAAUCUGUUGGGCUGUUGGUGUCCUAGAGAAGGUGGUUCUAAGAUGGCGCAGGAAAGGAGUUGGAUUGCGGGGAUUUAGGCCUGAGAUGGAGUCCAUUGAUGAAAGUGAAGAAGAAGACAUACUCAAAGUGUUCCGCAAACAGAAUGUGGAAAAAGCUAUUGAUGAGGCCGUCACAAGAGUGCUGUCCAUGGUUGACUCUCCAGACGCACGUCAGCAAUAUCGUCGCAUGCUCGAUAGAUACCGUCAAGCUAAGGCUGAAAAAGGCUCGGGAAGCGAAUUAAUAACUUCUCAAAGUGAUGUCUCUUAUAUGGGAAGUGGAGAUGCAUGCAAGUACCCGUAGACUCGUUAUUUUGUUUGAUAACUUAGGUAUCCGUCCCGUUGAACCAACUGAUCCCACUAUACUGGCGGGGCUCCAAUAAAAGCUGGGGCAAUUAUAUAGAAUCCUCUUUUAACUUGCAUCCUCUUUUAGUAGGCUCUUCUUUCUGGUUAAGUCUGCGUAUGGUGUUUCUGGACUACUUCUAACAUAAGCUGUCAGAUUAUUUUCUGGUUUAGUCUGUAUAUUGUAGACUGUUCAGUCUGUAUUACUGUA